GGGAGAGAGUGUGUCAACUGCCUGUUGAAAGUUUGAAAGUGGACUCCUUCAGUUUUGACCCGAUAAAAAAAAACAAAACGAAUCGGAGCUCCGGUUAGCGAUUCGGGUAAUUUCUUUAGCCAGAAGAUCCUUCCCCAAAAUUCCAUUAUUCCCCGUCUUUUCCUUCCUCCAUUAACACCUACAGUUUCUCACUUUCUCUCUCUAGCAGAUCUCGAAAAAACUCAUAAUUCCACUGCUUUCCUCAUCAUGCCGUGAAGAUCAAAUUUCCACAAUUCGGAAAUUCUGAAAAUCCCCAAUUUUCGCCCAUCCCGAUUAUUUAUGACUACGGGAGUCGAGAGGCAUGCCAAUUUCCCAGCACCAGCAGCUCCGACAAUGGCGCCCGAAGCGAAGGACCCGACGAACCGAUCCGGAUGCUGCGACCCGGUUAAGAAGCCGGGCCCCGUGACGCUCGACCACGUGCUCUCCGCCCUGCGCGAGACCAAGGAGGAGCGGGACUCCAGAAUUCGGAGUCUGUUCAGUUUCUUCGACUCGAACAAUCUAGGGUAUUUGGAUUCCGCGCUGAUUGAGAAGGGGCUCUCCGCAAUGCAAAUCCCCGCGGAUUACAAGUUCGCCAAGGAGCUGUUGUUAGUCUGCGACGCCAAUCAGGAUGGCAGGGUUGAUUACCAGGAGUUUAGGAAGUAUAUGGAUGAUAAGGAGCUCGAAUUGUAUAGGAUUUUUCAGGCUAUUGAUGUCGAGCACAACGGCUGCAUUCUGCCGGAGGAGCUCUGGGAUGCUCUUGUGAAAGCUGGGAUAGAACUGGAUGAUGAUGAACUUGCUAGUUUUGUCGAGCAUGUCGAUAAAGACAAUAAUGGAAUCAUAACGUUUGAGGAAUGGAGAGAUUUUCUGCUGCUCUAUCCGCAUGAGGCCACCAUAGAAAACAUCUAUCGUUAUUGGGAAAGGGUAUAUCUUGUAGAUAUUGGUGAGCAGGCCGUGAUUCCUCAGGGCAUCAGCAGGCAUGUUCAUGCAACAAAAUAUUUAAUUGCAGGUGGAGUUGCUGGAGCAGCUUCUCGUACUGCAACUGCACCUCUUGACCGUCUAAAGGUGACUUUACAAGUUCAGACUACACAUGCUUCCAUUGGUCCAGCAGUUAGAAGGAUAUGGAACGAAGGUCGCUUUUUAGGUUUUUUCCGAGGUAAUGGAAUAAAUGUGUUGAAGGUUGCACCUGAAAGCGCCAUAAAGUUUUACAGUUAUGAAAUGUUGAAAAACGUCAUUGGAGGCGAUGAUGGUGAUAUUGGGACUCCGGGACGACUUCUGGCUGGUGGUUUGGCUGGUGCAGUGGCCCAAACAUCAAUUUAUCCAAUGGACCUUGUCAAAACUCGGUUACAAACUUAUGUUUGUGACAGAGGGACUGUUCCAAGUCUGGGUAAACUAUCAAGAGACAUAUGGGUUCAGGAGGGACCCCGAGCCUUUUACCGAGGAUUGGUACCGUCUCUUCUUGGAAUUAUACCUUAUGCUGGCAUCGACCUAGCAGCCUAUGAGGCGUUGAAAGAUAUGUCCAGGAAGCACAUUCUUCAUGAUGGUGAACCUGGUCCUCUUAUACAACUAAGUUGUGGGACUGUUUCGGGAGCUCUUGGAGCGACUUGCGUCUAUCCGUUGCAGGUAGUAAGAACAAGAAUGCAAGCUCAACCCUCCAAUACACACAAUAGGAUGUCAGAUGUAUUCUGGAAAACAUAUCGGCACGAGGGAAUUCGAGGUUUCUAUAAAGGCCUUUUCCCGAAUCUACUUAAAGUUGUGCCAGCAGCGAGCAUUACAUACCUAGUUUAUGAGGCCAUGAAGAAGAGUCUGGAUCUCGAUUAGCAGCUUGAUUCUUGCUGGAAUGGAGAGAAACUGAUGACGACGACGACGACAACAACUACUACUACAGGUGAAUAAGAUUGUUUGUGAUAAUUCUUGAGUUAUACAACGAUUUUGAUUGCCCCUUUGGAUAGCAUAGGAGUGGGAGCUGAGCUAUUUUGGGGGGAUUUGACUGACUAACUGCCAGCCUUGAGACGUACGGAUACGUAUUAAUAUGUGUAUGUGUCUUGAGUAAUACUAGAUAAUUGUUGUAGGCUUUUGCCACACAAUUACGUGCACAGAAAUUGCCCAUUUGCGGAACUAGUCAUUUUUGCUACAUCAUUAAUAAUAACCAUAAAUCUUUCUUA